UACUCAAUGCUGACGUUAUCAUUUUUUACUUUCCUUCUGGGGACCAACUAGUGUUCUAGGGGCUGACUCUGGAUCAGCAUUCCAGUUUAUUGUCUACGCCAGACAUUUGGGUGUGGAGCAAGUCGGAAGUGGGUUGAAAAGGAAAGAGCUGAACCAAGCGGGCAGGGCAUAGUGAUUUGGAGACAGUGGAGAGAACGGACAGCAAAUCCCUUGUUAAGCCAAUUUUGAAUUCAUUCGUUUGAUUGAGCUUAAAUUAUAACCACGUGCAAUCGGAAGAAUUCGUCCCAUUUUCCACAGCGGAAGCCAAUGAAUUGGGACUGUUCGCUUGCCACGUCUGUAGAAUUAAAAAAAACUAAAACAUUUUUUGCGUCUUCCUGGCAAAUGAUAGCAGCAGAAACUAUUUGAAACAUCUAACCGGAUUAGGCUACUUUAAGAACACGAAUUUUGGACGAAAUUAGGUUAGACCAGUGUCAAUUUUAAGUGCGUUAUUGAGUGUCCCUGCUGUUUGGAGGAAGAACGCAUAUUCCCACGCCACUACAAUCAACGUUUGACCAUUUGGCAGGGCGUUGCUGCUUUUUUUUUCUCCCGUUCUGAAGAACUCGUGCCGAAGUUAACAGUUUAAAGGGGGGAAAAACUAAAUUGGAAUAGCCUACUCUCUCAAACACAAGAAAAUGUCUGGAAACAACAGUAUCGACGCGGUUAAGCGAAAGAUCAAAGUUUUACAGCAACAGGCAGAUGAAGCCGAAGAGCGAGCUGAACUUCUUCAGCGACAGGUCGAGGUGGAGAAAACAUCAAGAGAACAGGCUGAGGCUGAAGUUGCUUCCCUGAACAGGCGCAUCCAGCUGGUUGAGGAGGAGUUGGACAGGGCCCAGGAGAGACUGGCGACCGCUCUGCAGAAACUGGAGGAGGCAGAGAAGGCUGCGGAUGAGAGUGAGAGGGGCAUGAAGGUGAUUGAGAACAGGGCCCUGAAGGAUGAGGAGAAGAUGGAGCUACAGGAGAUCCAGCUGAAAGAGGCCAAGCACAUUGCUGAGGAGGCUGACCGCAAGUACGAGGAGGUGGCUCGUAAGCUGCUGAUCAUCGAGGGGGAUCACGAGCGCACAGAGGAGAGGGCAGAGCUUGCUGAGGCUAAAUGUGCUGAACUGGAGGAGGAGCUGAAAAACGUCACCAAUAACCUUAAGUCCCUGGAGGCCCAGGCAGAGAAGUACUCCCAGAAGGAGGACAAGUAUGAGGAAGAGAUCAAGAUCCUGACUGACAAGCUCAAAGAGGCUGAGACUCGUGCUGAGUUUGCUGAGAGGUCUGUGGCCAAGCUGGAGAAGACCAUAGAUGAUCUGGAAGAGAGACUGGCCAAUGCCAAGGAGGAGAACCUCAAGAUCCAUGCCACCCUGGACCAGACCCUGCAGGACCUCAACAGCUUCUGAGAACCCCCCCCCCACACUUCUCUUUCUGUCUCUCCUUUCUCCUCACUCUGCUGUCGUGGUGUCAAGGUAGGAAAAAUCCCCACUGGGGGUUUACCCUUGUGAUGCUGAAGCAUGCCAAAACCACUAUUUACUAUGACACCUUUAUUCUCAACAGCUUUGAUUGUUCUUGUUAAACAUUGUUCUUCAAUGUGACAUAUUGUGGAAGCGCUUGCCUUUAUCCAUUGGAAUGGUCUUUAAUAGGGACACUCGGUCAUACUUAUGUGGUCUACUAUACCAUCUUCUCCUUGCUUGAAUGUGGCUAGCAUGACUGCCUUUAAGGAUUCCUUGCCAAGUUAACGAGAACACGGUCAGUCCACUCACCCAUAGAAUAUCCCAUUUUAGUUUCCAGCCAUUCAAGAUCAACCAUAGAAAAGGGGGAAACGGAGCACAUGAUUUUUGCCAGCCAUUUACUACAUAGGAUUAUUCACUUCUGACUUCAGUCCUGCUGUUGUAUUCCCUGGACUGGUUCUAUGUUCUGUAACACCGUCCUUUAACGCCUAAACCCUCAAAGUUCACACAUCUGAAAGUGCUGAAGUGGUAAGCAAGAUUUGAAGAAGCUCCACUUGGUCUAUCAUAGGGUUGGGCCAUCACUGCGUUGCUUUGGCCUUUGCAAUCCUUUAUGAUUAGUUGAUGCCAAAAUUAAUUAGUGGAUAGGGUCCAAAAUGGAACUAGGCUUCUUUCCGUCCUUCUAUACAGUAUAUCCCUUUUAUCCUGCCCUUUGCCUAAUUUACACCAAUACAGUUUGGGACAAAAACCACAUUGGGUGGUCUGGAUUUGAUGAUGUCCAAGCUGUAUCAUGCAAUCAAGUUUUUUUUUCUUUCUAUUCCUUAGGGAUAUGCAUAAUUUGUUUGAUAUUUUGCCUCGUAUGUGUUUUCUCCUACUGAAACCAUAGCCACUAUCAAAAAACAGUCCGGCACUUGUUGGCACUAAUUAUUUGGCCUGAACUCUCCAAUCCAUUUUUUUAAACAAAUUGGUUUUUUGAUCUAUUACAUCACAUCUUCUCACAUCAGAUCUUUUUCAGAGCUGAUUGGUCAAAAUGCAGCCUUUAGUUUGAGAAGUCUAUAGUGAGGUUGUUGGGUUCAAAAAUCAAUGGCCAUCACUUUGCCAGUACCAUGCCAAUUAUAGAAAAUGGGUUGGGUAUUUAAACCUAUACUAUAAGUAGGAUUUAAACUACAACACGUAAAAUAAUUAAGACCUCAAUGUUUUAACUGGAAAUUCACCCAGAGAUGUAUAACCACUUUGUUACAGUCUUGUUCCAUUGUAAUGACGUUUUCUUUGAAUAAAGACCAUGGUUUUUACUGCCAUACAAAA